AUGGUGGAUUCCUGGACACAGCAUCACCCCCACGAUCCCAGAGGUUGGGCCGCCCACGAUGCGGACAAAACUCGUCGCUCUGGCAGCACGAACUCAUGGCUUGCGGGCCUCAUCGGCGCAGACCGCGACCUGCCCUCAUACUCGGAUAACAAGCCCUCCUCACCAGGCGGUUUCGCUCAGCGGGUGAGGGGUCUCAAGCGCAACUUCUUCCGUCGUCUCCCUUCCGUGGAUUGGUCCCAGCCGAGAGCACACAGGCUCACCGGUUCGUCUGCAUCUCCCUCCACCCUCAAUCCCCCUUCCACCGCGACAUUACGCUUCGUCUUCCUCUGUGGCCUCUGGUACACCACAUCGGCCCUGUCCUCAAAUACAGGGAAGUCGAUCCUCACCACGUUCCGGUAUCCUGUCACCCUCACCUUCAUCCAGUUCGGCUUCGUCGCCGCCUACUGUUUGCUCCUCAUGAGCCCCUUGGUCCGGUUUUCCAAGCUCCGCCGCCCGAACCGGGUCAUCAUCGAGAGUACUCUCCCCAUGGGUGUCUUCCAAGUCGGAGGCCACAUCUUCUCCAGUAUGGCUAUCUCCCGCAUCCAUGUAAGCACCGUGCACACAAUUAAGGCGCUGUCCCCAUUGUUUACAGUAGCAGCCUACGCCCUCCUCUUUGGCGUCAGCUACUCCCCCAAGACCUACCUUUCAUUGCUGCCACUCACACUCGGCGUCAUACUGGCAUGCACUUCUGAUGUCUCCGCCUCAAACGCCAUUGGUAUCCUCUGCGCGUUCGGUUCAGCCAUCGUGUUCGUCACCCAGAACAUCUACUUCAAGAAGAUCGUUCCCUCCGGACCGAACUCGCAGUCGUCGCACAAGUUAGACAAGCUCAACCUGUUGUUCUAUUCGUCCAGCAUGGCCUUCAUCCUCAUGAUCCCCAUCUGGGCGUACUACGACCUCCCCGUCUUCCUCGCAUCCUCCGCCGAGCACGUCACUCAUCCCACGCAUGGACAUUCCACGCCGCAUUCGGUGGCGUACUAUCUCAUCGCCAAUGGGACGGUUCACUUCGCGCAGAACAUCAUCGCCUUCGUUAUCCUCGCCUCCACGUCGCCCGUAACGUACUCCAUCGCCUCACUCAUCAAGCGCGUCGCGGUUAUCUGCAUCGCUAUUGUUUGGUUUGCGCAGGCAGUGCAGCCGCUCCAGGGCUUCGGCAUUGCGAUGACCUUCGCGGGCCUGCACAUGUACAACAACGCAAAGAGCGACGUCGACAAGGGCGAACACAAGAUGCGCCGCGUCGAGGCUGCUCGCGACCUGGCCCUUCCCACCACCAAGGCCGAGCUCAGCAGCGACUCCGAGUACCCUCCGCGGCACAUUACUCCCAGCGAGAUCGGCGUCACUUCAGCCUACGGUCGGCUUCCUCACCGCGCAGUGAUGUCAACCUCUUCGCCACACCCGCCCGCGGCCGCCCCGGCACCGUCGUCGUACGCGGCCGGUCGCUACCCGCUCCCGCCCUCGUACGGACGUUCACACCCGCACCAUGCCCUGCAAAUCGAGAUCACGCCACCGAGCGCCACGAAGACGGGCCAUGCUACGUCCCCAGUCGACUCGUACCCCUCACCUCCGCCCUCGCUCGACUCGCCGCCGCCGAACGAGUCCGCGGACGCGCCGUGGGCGAAGCGGCCUCCCAUGGCUGCGGGCCACUCACCGCUCACCCAGGUUCCCUCGCAGGGCCUUCGACGAGCCCCCAUGGUCGCAGCAUAG